UGUAGAUAUUUAUCAAGUAAAUAAAUGUUAUUGUUGUUGUUCAGGUCUAUGUGUUGAUGCAAUAAAUUAAGAAUGAACAGAAGUCAUUAAAAUGGCAUAGGUAGUAUAAUUAAAGUGUUAGUGUUGGAAUUGUGUAAUCAAGGGUGACAAUUUUAAAAUAACCAGCCAUGUUCUGGCUAACCAUCACCCUGAUCAUCACAGCCGGAUUCUUAGGUUGGCAGUACUGGAGAUGGAGACACAGACGUAUGCUGAAACUUGCAGCGAGAUUGCCUGGUCCACCAGCAUUGCCCAUACUUGGGAAUGCCCUCAGUUUCAUGUUCAAUCCUGGAGAGUUCCUGAACAAAGUCGACGUAUUCAUGGAGAAGUAUGGUGAAGUCUUCAGGUUCUGGCUGGGUCCAGAACUCAAUAUUGUUGUGAAAAACCCAACAGAUAUACGUGCCUUACUAUCCAGUAACAAAGUGAACCAGAAAGGACCAUUGUAUGAGUUCCUGGUACCUUUCAUCGGCUAUGGCAUUUUAUCUGGAGGUCCAAUUUGGCGCGCUCACAGAAAAAUAGUGACUCCUUCGUACAACAAGAAGUGUGUGGAUAACUUCUCUCCAAUCUUCAACAGGGAGGCUGAGCAGCUGGCCAGGGUUAUCUGCAAGAAAGACCCGAAGAGAAGUUUUGAUAUCUACAAAGAUGUCGUCAGAUGUACCACGCAGAGUGUUAACCAAACACUGAUGGGACUAUCUAAAGAGGAUUCCCAAAACCUGUACAGAAUGGAAGAGAUGUUAUGGGCCACGCAAAAAAUGUACGGUCUAAUCUUCGAGAAGAUGACAAAAUGGUGGUUACACAUACCGAUUAUUUACUGGCUGCUUGGCAAGAAGAAGCAGCAGGACUACUACGUGAAGUUGAUAGAUGACUUGAUGGAAGACAUCGUGAGACGGAGGAGGAAAGCCUUGGAGGUAUCCGUGCCUGGUGAGGAGUAUAUGGGUAUCGUGGACAGAUACAUCCUUUCUGGAGAACUUACCGAGAAGGAGAUUCAGAGGGAGACCAUGACUCUGUUUACUACGAGCCAAGAAGCAGCUGCUAAGAUGGCAUCAGGAGUGAUCAUGUUCCUAGCUCAUUUGCCGGAUUGGCAGGAUAAAGUGUACAAGGAGAUGAUGGAAGUGGUCGGAGCUGACGGUCCAGUCACCAACGAGCAGUUGAGGCAGCUGGAGUACCUGGACAUGGUGUACAAGGAGACACUGCGGUAUUUCUCCAUAGCUGCCCUGAUACAGAGGACUGUAGUGGAAGAAAUUACUAUUCAAGACGGUAGUAUAACCCUCCCAGUGGGCACAUCGCUGGUGAUACCGAUCCACAACCUCCAUCGCGACCCUCGUUUUUGGGAGGAUCCUCACAGGGUGAUGCCGGAGAGGUUUCUCCCGGAGAACGUGAAGAAACGAGACCCUAACGCCUUCGUACCUUUCAGUUUGGGACCUAUGGACUGUUUAGGUCGAGUAUACGCAACAGCUCUCAUCAAGACGAUAGUGGUGUGGGUGCUCCGGUACGCAAGGUUGGAGCCAGCUGGGAACCUUGACAAUAUAAAGCUCAACGUCGCCAUCUCCGUGUCCUGCGCUGAUGGAUAUAAUAUUAAGGCUAGACCUAGGAACGGUAGAAUAAAUGAAUUAACAUGA